CCAAUCUCGAAUCGCAAGAAAUAAACACACCAGCCUACCCAACAUACCAUCCAGAUAAUACAACACACAAAUCGAUGCAAACCAAAACACCCCCCUCCCCCAUGGGCCACCUCUCCCUCCACACCUCCUUCUCCUCCUCCUCCUCCCCUCCCAAUUCUGCCUCCUACGCCCGCAGCGACUGCUCAACAGUCAGCCCGCUAAGCUCAACAACAACAUCCCCCGCGUCCUCGCCCACAUCACCGUUUAGAAGAUUAUGUCGACCGGCUUGGUUCCCAGCCAGCGAUAAUAAAAUCGACACUUCCUUAAUUACAACCACCGGCACAGAAGAGAAAGAGCGCAGUCAAAGUCGCGGCCGCAGCCAAAGCCAGGCUUCCUUCCGCCUGAACCUGAAUCACCAUCUCAACGCGCUCCGCCGUCCAUCUUCAUCGCUGCUGUUCUUGCUCCGUCGGCGACCGUCGAAGAUCGAUCUUGCGCUCAGUGAGGAGCGCACGCGAUGUGAUGAGGAUGCGGUCGAGAGGAAGGGGGUGGGGUUGUUGGAGCCGAGGCCUGUUGAUCCAGCUCCUGCGCCCGCACCUGUCCCUGAUGUGAGUAUCAGUGGUGAGCGGGGAUUGGGAUCGCGGUCGUCGAUGCAGAGUUUGAGCGCUGGAGUUUUAUCGCCAGUGUCGCCGACGUCGUUGCCUGCGCGGCCGCGGUUUGUUAUGGGUGGGAUUGAGGAGGUUUUGGCGGGGGAGGCUUGACCUUUUAUGUUUACCUUUGGAGAUGGUUAUGAUGGGUGGUUUCUUGAUUUCAAUAUUUACAUGGGUUUGGUUUGGUCAAUUGGUUUGCUGGGUAUUGUAGGAUGGAG